AUGGCCUCCGAAUCCGUUCAGAACCCCCCCGCGACCGAGUCGAAAUCCUCUCGCAAGAAGAAGGCGAAGACUGAAGCUGCCAAUGCCGGUUCCCCUGCCGCUCAAGCCCCAACGCCCAAGGUUGAAUCCGAACGUGGUCAGUCUCCGAACCCGGAGGCGAAGGCCAGCGGCGAGUUCGGGUACGAGAAUCCUUACAUCAAGGAACUUCAGAAGCAAAUCCGCAAUGUCAACAAGAAGCUGAACUCCAUGUCCAAAGUGGACGCCAUUGUCGCAGAAAACCCUUCCCUGACCCUCGAUGAACUCGUCAAGGCCAAGAAAAUCAACACCGACCAAAAAGCCCAGGCCCAGAAGAAGCCAGCGCUCCAGGCCCAACUCGCCCAGCUCGAAGAGCAGGUCGCCCAAUACAAGAAGAUCGACGCGGACCACCAUAGCCUGUUCAAAGCCGAGAAGGACAAGUUGGUGUCGUCUCAUCAGGCGGAGCUGGAGAAGUUGAGAGGAGAUCUGGCUGCCGAGGCGGCGGCGAAGGCGAAUACGGAGUUGAAAGAGCGCUUAUUGACGCUCAGCCGCUUCUUGAGGACCGCGGCGGCACGGAGGCAGCUCAAUGAUGAUCAAUCGGAUGAGGCGUUGGCGUUUGAGGGCGCGUUGCUACUGGUGUACGGCGGUGAUAGCGCAGCGGUGGCGGCUGCGGAGAAGAUCAUCCAGGGCACCGAAGAAGGUGUUCCGUCCACCGAGGGCCAAGUCCUCGAUGUCACCUGUAAGUCUACAAACGCCCAGAUCAAACGCCUUGCUCUCGAAGAGUUUGGCGACGAAUCAUCCGGCUACGAGGAGGACCCGGCCACUGAAACCAUCGGCACCGACCCAACCGUCGCCAACGCGGCCUUAACCGAAAUCGAGGAUGCUACAACUGUCAUCCCCAACGGCACGCACGAGGAAGCCCUUGCCGCCGAAACUUCCCCUGUACUCGAGCAAACCCGCACAGCCAUCGAGGGGAAUGCCGCCGCCGAAGAAACCUGGAAUGGUGACCGUGUCACCGGAUCUGACGACCCGCUCGCCGAGUCGUACCUCAUGGUCUCCCGCGACUCCACCGAUACGGAGCCCUCUAACCCAACGGUCGCCGCUCCGGCUCAGACAUUAGCCUGGGCGGAUGAUUCACCGGACCAGCAGCAGCAAUUCCAGCCUGCGAGCGGGGACGGGUUCCAUGAGGUGCAUCAUGGACGUGGUGGGCGCGGCCGUGGUGGCGCGGGUGGAGAGCGCCGAGGUGGACACCGUGGACGUGGAGACGGACGGGGCCGCGGCGGAUAUCGAGGCCGUGGCGAAUUUCGUGGACGCGGACGUGGGGAGCAUCGCGGUGGUCGUGGACGGGGUGAUUAA